AUGAACAUUAUUAAUGUUGUUAUACUAAUGCUUUUUGUUAAUUGUUUUGGAGAUGAGUUUAAAGAAUUUCUCAAAACAAAUCAGAUUGUAUACUCAACACCUUCAGAAAUGUUAAGAAGAAGAGUUAUAUUUGAACAAAGCAAAAAAGAAAUAGAAGAAUUCAACAAAGAACCACAUUCUUUCUUUUUAGGAAUAACACAGUUUGCCGAUAAAACUGAUGAAGAAUUUAAUCAAAUGUUUUCAAUGAAAAUGGAUCGACAAGAUGAAUUUUCUAUGAUGUCUACUGAUGAAGAAGAAAACAAAAAUGAAUCAGACGAUAUUUAUAUGGAAUAUAACCUUAAUCAAGACGAAGAAACAUAUGGAAGAGAAAUGAGAAGAAAGGUACGUGGAAAAAAGUAUCGUGGAGUUCGUUUUAUGAGAAAGGUUCAUGUACCUAAAAAAUAUAGAAUUGGUAGAAAAUGGCAAUUUAAUAAAAAAAAGGAUAGUGUUAAGGAAUUACCAGAAGGUAUUGACUUUAGAAAAUUUGGUAAACUAACGUAUAUUAGAGAACAAACUGGGUGUGGUGGAUGCUGGAGUUUUGCUAGUGUUUGUGCAUUAGAAUCUAGGUAUCUUAUUGAUUACAAUCUUACUGUAGAUGACGUUGGUAGGACAUGGGCAUUAAGUGAACAACAAUUAUUAGAUUGUUGUAUUGAAAAUAAUGGAUGCGAAGGUGGGAGUAUGGAAAGAUCAUUUAGGUGCAUGAACAGAACUAAAGGUGUUAUGCAAAGAGUAAGAUAUCCAUAUGAAGCAGAAACACAAGACUGUAAAGAAUUUAAUAAUGAAUAUAAAGAAGUUACAUUAGGUGGAUAUGCAUUAGUACCUCGUGGAAAUGAAAGAGCAUUAAUGAGUGCAAUACAUAAAUUUGGGGUAUUAGGAAUAGGAUUAGAUACAAGAAGUAAGUUAUUCAAACAUUAUAGGGGAGGAAUUUAUUAUAAUGAAGAAUGUACAAGAAGAGGAUUAAGUCAUGCAAUGAAUCUUGUUGGUUAUGGCACAACCAAAGAAGGACAAAAAUAUUAUAUUAUUCGUAAUAGUUGGGGUGAUUGGAAAUGGGGGGAAGAUGGGUAUAUGAGACUUUAUAGAGGAGGAAAUCAUUGUGGAGUUGCCACAAAUGCGUUUUUCCCAUUAUUUGUUAGAAGAGUAAAUGAUGAACCUAAACCAAUGUCACACACUGAAACAAUGAUUAAAGACCUUAUUAAUAGGCAUCGAUUAGGAUGGAUAUAA